AUGCGAUUUCCGAUUUCGGGGUUGUUGUUUAUGGUGGUAUCGGCCAUGAUGGCCCGGGCAUCCCCAGUCCAAACGGCUGCCCCCCAGACCGGGGUGUUACCGCGGGAUGCCACCCCCACCACAGCGACGAACCCGGAGACCACCACAGCAACCACCACAACAGAUGACUUUGAAUUCCAUUUGACCUUAAGCCUGGACUUACCCUCCAACACAUGUACGCCUACCAUAGCGCCUGACAAAUAUGGUUGGGUACCACCCUCGGCGUGCGACGCCUUGUACCUAUAUUACCCGUCUUUUGGAGCUGCAGUUGCUGCCGCUGUUAUUUUCGGACUCCUCAUGAUGGCUCACUUUGUGCAAGCAACUAUUUACAAUGCAGGCUUUGCCUGGGUUAUCAUUAUGGGAGUCUCGUGGGAGACCGUAGCUUACGCGGUCCGCGCCUUCAGCACCCGCAACCAGCAGAAUGAAACUGUUGUGACAGUCGCCCAAAUGUUUAUUCUUUUGGCACCAUUAUGGGUCAAUGCAUUUGACUACAUGGUCCUGGCUCGCAUGAUACAUUUCUUCGUCCCCGAGCGUCGCAUCGGCAUGUUCAAGCCCUCCCUGCUAGCCAAGAUAUUUGUCUUGCUUGACUUUGUCUCCUUCAUUAUCCAGAUGAUCGGUGGCUUCAUGGCGAAUGGUACAGACCAGCAAGAAAUGGACGGCAUCCAUCUCUACAUGGGAGGCAUCGGAAUCCAGGAGUUCUUCAUCGUGUGCUUUUUGGUACUGGCUGUGCAGUUCCACCUAUUGAUGCUGAAGCUGGAGCGAGCUGGCCGACUGCCUGUCGGGAAGCUGAACUGGCGUCGAUUGCUCUAUGCCCUAUAUGGCAGUUUGCUCGCCAUUACAGUGCGCAUCAUCUACCGCUUGGUUGAAUUUUCCGCCGGCUACCAUGAGGCAAAUCCCAUUCCGUACCAUGAAUGGUAUAUGUAUGUGUUUGAUGGUUUUCCUAUGGCCUUGGCCAUUCUCAUCUGGAACUUUGCGCCGCCGGGUGCUGUGCUACAGGGUCCAGAUGCGAAAAUGCCCUCGAGUGGCAUCGGCAACUGCCGGAAGCCACGCAAGGGCCAGCAUAAUAUGCAACGACUACCCGAUCAUGACAUAUAUGGCGAUAUGCCACUCCAAAGCCGAGAAUCAUCCCCCUACCGCGAUACAUACACUACCCGUCGCUGA